AUGACCACCACCUAUACUGAUUCCCUGGGAUACUGGGUGGCCUUGAGCCGCGUUCCCCGUUUGGGCUCUGCCCGCUUCCGCCUCUUGGAGUCCCACUUCGACGGGAACCUGGCGGCUGCAUGGACGGCUCCCGCGCGCGAGUUGCGAGCCGCCGGCGUUGGCCGUGCCGUGGCGCAGGCCAUCGUCGAUGCCCGGCAAACCUCCUCACCGGAUCAGGAGUUGUCCCGACUGUUUCACGCCGGCGUUUCAGCAAUCAACUGGCACGACGCAACCUAUCCGGAUCGAUUGCGGGAGACCGACGACGCUCCGCCAGUCCUCUACGUCUCGCGGCGCCCUUCCUUCAGUUGA